AUAUAAAAUCCCUAACGCCAACGCCGUGCCGGUGGGAAGUUGAAAUUUUGUUGGAAUUUUUUAUAAGAGAAAAGUCGCUGCCAUCCGAGCAGGACUCGUGAACGGCUCUAGGACUCGACAUCGGGAAGGAAGGGUGAAGCAUGAGCAUGAGCAUGGCACCGGCCACCGUCCUCCAGAUGUUGCGCGGCCUUAACACGCCGCGCCUUCUCACCCAAAUCCACCAGCACCGCGCAUUGGGUAAUCACUAUCACCACUACCACCAACACUACCAGCACCAGCACCAGCACCACCUCCUCCGCCACCAGCAGCAGUACCUCCGACUAUUCACUUGCACAGCACUGCCAGCGGCUGCUCCGGCGCUCUUCCCGAUCCUGCACACAGCGCGUGGCUACAGCAGCACAACCAAGCAGGAAGCUGGAGCCACUGGAGCCAGUGAUGCGCCCGAGGCCGCACCGAAUGCCCCGCUGCUGGCCAAACUCUUUCCUCAGACCUCGCCGGAGGCGGACAGCAACGCCGAGCAGGAGCGCCAGAAGCGCGAGGAGGAGGAGGCCAAGGAGAACGAGCGCGCCUGGAAGCGCAUGAAGCUGGGCUUUGCAAUAUUCGGAGGCAGCGCCGUGGCUGCUGGAUUUUGGGCCGUCUACGAGUUCGGCAAGCCCGAGGUGGACCCCAACGGGCAGACCAUCGAGGACGAGUUCACACACAAGCCGCUGGUGCAGCAGUAUCUUCAGCGGAUGUGGAAGAGCAUCCACUACUAUCAGCGCAUGAUCCAGGAGCCGUCGCGGGCCAAGCUGCUGCCCGAUCCGCUCAAGCCGCCGUACGUGCAGCCGCGCUACACGCUUGUGCUGGAGAUGAAGGACGUGCUGGUGCAUCCGGACUGGACUUACCAAACUGGCUGGCGCUUCAAGAAGCGUCCCGGCGUCGACCACUUCCUGGCCGAGUGCGCCAAGGACUUUGAAAUUGUCGUCUUCACCGCCGAACAGGGCAUGACCGUGUUUCCCAUCCUGGACGCCCUCGAUCCCAACGGCUACAUUAUGUACCGCCUGGUCAGGGAUGCCACGCACUUUGUGGACGGCCAUCAUGUGAAGAACCUGGACAACCUUAACCGCGACCUCAAGAAGGUGAUUGUUGUGGACUGGGAUGCGAACGCCACCAAGAUGCAUCCGGACAACACAUUCGGCUUGGCCCGCUGGCAUGGCAACGACGAUGAUGGCCAGCUGCUGGACCUCAUCGCCUUCCUAAAGAUUAUUGCGCAGAACAACGUGGAGGACGUGCGCGAGGUGCUCCACUACUACCGCCAGUUCGACGAUCCCAUCAACCAGUUCCGGGAGAACCAGCGCAAGCUGGCCGAGCAAAUGCUGGAGGCGGAACGCAUCGAGCAGUCCAAGACCAAGCCCAUGGUCAAGCAGUGGUCGCGCAACAUUCUCGGCCGCUAGGAGGCUGGCCAUCCCGCACAACCCGUUCCAUACGCAUACCUUAACCUUCCGCCUGCCCCGGAGCAACAAACACGCCCUGCAGCAGCACACUGGCCAUAUUUUUCGUCGACCUUUAGAUUAGUAGUGGGAAGCAGAAGCAAAAGCAGUAGCAGACAGCAGACAGCAGGAAGCAGGACUGGGAGGCCCGCUCUGUCUUUUGCUCCUUUGGGAAAAGACGAGGCGCAUGUUUUUGUUUUAUUGAAUAACUAAACUUGCUUGUUUUUGUUUUUUGGCAAUUUAAUCGUAAUACUAUUAUUAUAAACAGACGACUUAACCGUGAAACCAAAAACAAGA